CAACAGAACAGAACAGAACUACAGUGAACACUAAUUACAAUAUGGCCGCUCCCAUUUCCUUCUGUUUACGAUUCCUCUGCUUCGCCCUCGCAAUCAUCGGAACAUGUGCCCAGGGGGGCUGGUGGGAAGUCAUCGUGCAAGACGCUGGCAUCGCCACCAUGCACGCCGCCGUCACCAAGUGGAACACCGUCGUCCUCCUCGAUCGGACUGACACCGGCGCGUCCAAUUUAUCGCUCCCGGCCGGCGCCCCAUGCCGCAACGACCCAAACGACCUGGCUUUAACGACCGACUGCUCCGCCCACUCCGCUCUCCUCGACCUCAAAACCAACGCAAUCCGUCCCCUCACGAUCCAAACCGACACGUGGUGCUCCUCGGGCCAAUUCCUCCCUGACGGCACCCUCCUCCAAUCCGGCGGCUGGAACGACGGCAACACCAAGUUCCGAACAUUCACCCCUUGCAUAGAUACUUCCUUCUGCGAUUGGGUUGAGCUUCAAAACCCCACGUUGUCCCAAGGGCGUUGGUACGCCACGAAUCAGAUACUCCCCGAUGGUACUAUCAUUAUAGUCGGGGGGAUCGGCGACAACAGCGUGGAGUAUUACCCACCGAGAGGCAACGGCGCGGUCAAUUUCCCGUUCCUCGGCAAUGUGGCAAACAAUGAAGGGGAUAACCUGUAUCCCUACGUUCACCUUCUCCCCAGCGGAAAUCUGUUUAUAUUUGCUGACACUCAAGCCGUUCUAUACGAUUACAAUGCAGACGUGAUUGUAACAACUUAUCCUCAGCUGCAGGGGGGCCCACGUAACUACCCGUCCGCAGGAUCCUCUGUCAUGCUGGCAUUGAAAGACAACUACUCCACAGCCACGAUCAUCAUUUGCGGUGGGGCCCAGUACGACGCCUACCAGAAUAAUAAUGUGAAUCUACCGGCCCAAGGGACUUGCGGGCGCAUUGUGGCGACUGAUCCCAACCCUGCUUGGGAGAUGGAUACCAUGCCGUUUGUUCGGAACAUGGGCGAAAUGGUGAUGCUACCAACAGGAGAAGUAAUAAUCAUCAACGGGGCUCAAGCAGGGUCGCAAGGGUUCGGAUUAGCAACUAACCCGGCUUUGAACCCUGUUCUAUACCAACCCGACAAAAAUUUAGGCUCCCGCUUUACGACCCUAAACCCCACUACAAUCGCUAGAAUGUACCACUCGACCGCAAAUUUGUUGCCCGACGGGAGAAUUUUGGUUGCCGGAAGUAACACGCAUUGGGCAUACACGUGGGUUCAGCCUUUCCCCACGGAGCUAAGAAUCGAGGCGUUUUCGCCAGAUUAUUUAUCGGCAGACAACUCGAAUUUGAGACCGGUGGUGGCGAAGGCACCAAAGUCGGUGCAAUACGGGAAGCUUUACAAUGUGUACAUAACGGUGCCGUCACCGUUGACGGGGACAGUGGAGGUGAAUUUUGCAAGUGCGCCUUAUUCUACACACUCGUUUUCACAGGGGCAGAGAUUGGUAAAGAUGAACAUCCCUCGCCCUAUCGUGUUGGAAGCUAAUGGACAAUACAGGAUUGUGUUUCAGGCGCCGCCCAAUGGGAUUGUGGCACCGCCAGGAUAUUAUAUGAUGUUUGUGGUUAACCAGGGAGUGCCGAGCGUCGCUCGUUGGGUCCCUAUCGUCAUCUCCUAAUUUCCAAAUGUUGGUUUCCAUUUGUUUUUCUUUUAAAUAUUUAUGUCUUUUUUUUUCAUAAUGUUUUCAAAAACUUGUUCUGUAAGUGUUAAUGAAACACAUUUGUUGUUAAAAUUUGGUUUCACUCAUGUAUCCGCACACAUAUAAGAAAAAGUGUACUCGUCCAAUUCUUUUAGUUUCGCUGUUAUUUGAUUGAUUACUGUGCCAUGGAUUUUUCUAAAAUUCAAAUUAA